ACUAAACACAGGACACCAGUACAGCUUUUUCAAUGCUGGGAAUCGAUCACCAUCUGUAAUUGUAGCUAAGGUUGUUUGAGAUAGUAGUCAUAUAUAUAAAUGGCAGUUGGGGAAUGGAUACAGUACAUAUACAGUAACAGGAAGACAUUACACUUGUGAUGGAGUCUAGAAAAGAAGUUUACGAUAUGUCAAAGACUCGCACAGUUCAGAAAUUGGAUCAUAAUCGAGGUGAUCAGCUCAUUGGUGAUGUACAGCUAUACACAACAGAAAGCAGCUGUAAAAACGUGUUUCGUGUAACGGCUGAUGUGCAUAACUCUUUUGAUUCGUUGAUCAAUGAUAACACGACUUUAGAAGCUAGUAAAUGUACCAAGCCAGCAUUUGUUUCAAAGUUAUCAUUAACAAAAAGGCGUGCUGCAAAAUUACAGGAUUCAAAAAACAACAGUACCAUUCAAGUAACCACAACUAGUUCAGCCGAUGUUAGCACCUAUGUUGAAAGAACUAAAGUACUACAACACAACUCCUAGAUCCUCAAGACACUGCAUAAUUUCAGUCACCCACUCAGCAGCCAGCUGAACAUAUUGAUGAAAUCGAGAUACUGUCUCCGUUAAAUGUAGAUCCUACGAAUCAGUGCAACAGAAUAACUCCUCUGAAUAUCGAUGAUUCUGUAUCUGGUGAGUCAGCAAACAUAAAACCAACACAUCAGUGUCCUGUGCAACAAAGUAAUAACAGUUUUCCUAGAGUAAAACGGCCUUUAGUGCGUAAAACAUUGAAAGUCUGGUCUAAAAAACACAAAUCGGCUAGUGUUGUAACACCUACUAUAGACUCUAGGGACUCAAUAACAACCAAAUCAUCUAACAGUCAUAAAUAUGAUAACAGAUCGGAUAACUGGUACACAUGGUAUACAUGUGAAACUGAUUUCUGGUAUAAACUAAGAGAAGAAGUACAGACUGCUAUAACAGAAAUUUCUAUUUUAUUGGGGUUAUCAUGUAAAGAUGAAAUAUUAACCAAAGGCAUCCCACUUAGCAAUAAACUUUAUAUUACAAACAAAAUAUUUGGUCGCGGUCUGCAACUGCUUCCUCAUGACACUGUUUCAAAUUUAGAUCUUAGUACCAGUGCAUGUAACCCUGUGCCCACUGAUCAUGCUAGAGAUUUACUACUGUGGCUUUUAAAACAGUGUAGAUUCUGGUAUGAUUUAAGAUCUGUUACCGAUACUGUGUUGGAUGAAUUUCAACGUUUAGUGACACUGACUGAUGAAAAAAUGAAGGCUACUGUGGCUUUAGGUCUUAAAAACAUUUAUACCGCAUCAAGCAAGUUUUUCCGUAGAGGUCUGAGACUUAUGACUGGUCAGGGUUUAAAAAAUAAACGAUUCAGUAGAUCACAUCUUAGACCCAAUGUAAAUCAGCGGACUAAGGCUGUAAAAAAAGCUAUAAAGAUUUUAUCAUCAAAAAAGCACGCAAUGCAGACUAAAAAACCGCGUUGCGUAGCUCAUCAGAGUGUUACAGGCUAUACAAUAACCACUGCUACACCCUGUAUUGAUACGGACAUGCCAAUCCCUAUUGAGACAUCGAAAUUAUUGCCGAUGAAAUACCCCAGUCAUAUUUGUCCACCUCACAUACUGUACACCAAAACACUAACCAUAACUCAAAUAAUGAAAGACCUGUACAGGCUGAAACGUCAAACAACCAUAAUGACGGUACAGAACACGAAUUUUUGGAGCGUAUAAAUCAGUAUCGUAAGCAACAUCCUAAAUUUAAUUCCACUGAAUAUUAUAACCACUUUAGAUUUGUAAAUAUAGAUAAAGUAUCAUCAUUUAAGGAUGCUGUUCAGUCUGUACAGGGGGCUAUCCAAGGUUUAUUAAACGAAAUGAUGCCUGACAUAGGUCAUAAUGAUUUGGUUCAGUUACGAUUGGAUGGUGACGGCCUCAACAAACCACUGUAUUCAAUCAAAAGAUCUAAGGCCAGCUUAAAUGCUGAGUCCUUUUUAAAUGAUAUAGCAAAUUUGUUGCAGAGUAAUGCUGAUCUUAUUGGGAAUGGAUCUUUAAGACUUGUUGUAACUGUAGUGAAAAACAGAGUAGGGGGUGUAUUAGCUAGAAGGCGCAUUAGGUCGACACCCUAUAGUCGUAUUAUAGCCACGAAACGGCGUUGGUUAUUUGAUUUAAAUAAUGAUGACAACAAUUUAUGCCUAGCUGGUAGUAUCUGUGCUGUUUUAGCAGAGCAAGACACACCCGAUAGUGUAAUGCUGGAAAAGGCCCAUGAUAUACAUAAAUCAUUGGGUAUCCCUGAUGAUCACUUAGUAAGUUUUAGUGAUAUACCCGCUUUUGAGAAACACCUUAACAUUACUAUUAAGGUGUAUUACCACAAUCAAGGUUCAUGGCAUGUUUUCCAGACCCCUGAACCUUGUAAAGAAAAGGUCGUAUUUAUAUAUCAUGAAGGCCAGCAUUAUUAUGGUAUCAAAAAAAUUAAUUCUUUUCUAGGAUACCCAUACUUCUGUGUUUACUGUCACACCCCGUUUACCCACAAAAAUGAACAUACCUGCCGUUAUUUUUGUAGAGCGUGUCUCAGGCAUGAAUGUGGUGAGACAACUUCUGAAAUUUCUAGAUGCCCCAGCUGUCGUGUUUUUUGUCGCUCUAAUGAGUGUUUAAACCAUCACAAGAUGCUUGCUCGAUCGGGCAAAUUACAGUGUUGAUCUAAAAUUUAUUGUGAUUCAUGUGGGCGUUUAGUUGUUGCCGCCAACCACACUAAAUGUGAUGGUCUCAAAUGUCGGAUAUGUAAUGAGAACAUUGAAACUUAUGAUGGCCAUAUUUGCUAUCUGAGACGUAUCAAACCUGAGAAUGAUCCUUCUGAUAAAUAUAUAUUUUAUGAUUUUGAGUGUAUUCAAGAGACGGGCGCGCACAUCCCAAAUUAUAUAUAUGCCUUAACAUUGAACGGUGAAGAACAUUGGGAAUUUCAGGGUUCUAAUUGUCUAAAUGAUUUUGUCAUUACGUUCAUGGAAAAAAAUUUAGCGGCUACACAUUCAUAGCCCAUAAUGGCGGUCGUUAUGACUCAUACUUUGUGGUUAAACAAUUGCUAAAAGAGUGUAUUCAAAUAGAACUAUUAUCUCAGGGUGGUAAAUUAUUGUGCGUUACAGUGGCUGACUUGGGUAUUAGAUUUAUAGAUUCUUUAAAUUUCCUACCCAUGAGACUUAGCAAAUUACCUGCAGCAUUAGGUGUACAGAGUGGAAGUAAAGGCUUCUUUCCACAUUAUUUUAACACGGCUGAAAAUCAGGGCUAUAUAGGGGCCAUGCCAUCCAUAAAAUUUUACGGGGCUGAUUAUAUGAUGCCUGAUGAGAAGGCUGAAUUCAUUACUUGGUAUGAGCAAAACCGCUACAAUAAAUUCAAUUUUCAAUUGGAACUUAAAAAAUACUGCAUUCAGGAUGUUAAAAUUCUGAAGGAGGCUUGUGCCUGCUAUAGAGAAAACAUUAUAAACAUAACAAAUAAAACCGUCACUAAAUAUAAUUCGAAUGAUGAGCCGGAGGUCAAUACCUACGCAAUCGACCCUUUUGAGUACACCACCUUAGCCUCUGUGUGUAUGGCAAUGUACAGGCUAAAGUUUUUACCCGAAAACUGUAUUGCAAUCUUACCCCCUGACAAUUACAAUACGAAACAUAAACGUUUCUCAACACCGGCUAUACAAUGGUUGAUGUACAUUGCGCACAAAGAGGGGCUUGCUAUACAACACGCCUUACAAGGUGGUGAAAAAAAGGUUGGUAAAUACUGGUUGGAUGGUUAUGCUUUUGAUAAUGGCAAACAUAUAGCCUUUGAAUUUCAAGGUUGCUUUUACCAUGGAUGUCGUGUUUGUUAUUGUGAAGAUGACUUUAAUAGGGUAACCGGCACUUAUUUCAUUCAACUGAACCACAAAACACAAAUCAAGACUAAUUUUUUAAAAACAAGGGGCUUUGAGGUCCGUGAACUCUGGGAACAUGAAUGGCAUGCUAUGCUGGAAUCUGACAAGGACCUACAGGCAUUCAUUCAAGAAAAAAAGUUCCCCCAACCCUUGUCCCCCCGUGAUGCCCUCUAUGGCGGCCGUACAAAUGCUAUAAAGCUCUACCAUAAAGUGGCCCCCGGUGAACGCAUUCACUAUUACGAUUUCACCAGUCUGUAUCCCUAUGUGAAUAAAACAAAAACAUAUCCAAUUGGUCAUCCAACAAUUAUCUUUGAAAAUUUCAAGUCUUUUAAUUCUUAUUUCGGCAUCGCUAAAGUAAAAAUAUAUCCCCCUAAAGACUUGUUUUUUCCUGUUCUGCCUGUAAAGAUGAACGGAAAACUAAUGUUUCCAUUGUGCUAUACUUGUGCCUCUACGCAUCAAGAUAUGGACUGCUGUCACACGGAUGCCGAACGCGCAUUAACGGGUACGUGGUGCACAGUUGAAAUUCAGAAGGCCUUAGAUAUGGGUUAUAAACUUGGUGAAAUCUUUGAAAUUUGGCAUUUUCAAUCAAGUACUAACAAUCUCUUUACCGACUACAUUAAAAUACAUCUCCGUGAUAAACAAGAAGCCUCAGGCUACCCCAGUUGGUGUACAGAUGACGAGAAAAAACUGAUGUAUGUUGAUGAUUAUUUGGCUAAGGAGGGGGUGUUAUUAAGACGAGAACAUAUAGCCCCCAAUCCAGCAAAAAGACAAAUAGCUAAACUGUUUCUAAAUUCUCUGUGGGGUAAAUUUGGUCAAAAAUCUAAUCUACCUACAACUAGCAUCGUCACUAAUCCAGAUGAUCUCUUUAAGUACGCAUUUCUAUCUCAGUACGAAGUGUCAUCAUUAGAUUUUUUAGAUGAUGACACAGCAAUGGUUAAUUGGAAGUAUGCAAAAGAAUGUCAAACUCUUUCACGUAACACAAACAUAUUUAUUGCUUGUUUUACCACAGCAUACGCCAGGCUUGAAUUUUACAAUCUUUUGGCCCGUCUAAAAGAACGCUGUCUAUAUCAUGACACUGACUCGGUUAUUUUUGUAAGCAAGGACGGUGACUGGAAUCCGCCUCUUGGUGACUACCUAGGGGAACUGACCAGUGAGUUACCUACUGACACUUACAUUACUGAAUUUGUAUCGGGUGGACCUAAAACCUACGGUUAUAAGUUAUCGACAGGUAAGACUUGUCUAAAGUUAAAGGCAUCACACUAAAUGCUAACAAUAUCCAGUUGAUAAACUUUGACAGCCUAAAGGAUCUGGUAUUAGACUACCCAGAAAAUUCAAACCCUCAACACCAGAAAAAGAUUGUGGUACGUCAGGACGGUAUAGUUAGAAACAAAAAGUGCUGGCAAAUAGAGACUCGGACGCUGCAGAAAACACAAAAAUGUGUUUAUGAUAAACGACGACUAACAGACGGUUAUCAAAGUAUAGCUUUUGGUUACAGUAACCAUGGACACUAGACUGCAACAUCCUUUUUCAUGUAUACUGGCCGGACCUUCUAAUUCAGGAAAAAGUUUUUUUGUGAAACAACUACUGUAUAGUUCAGCUACACUGUUAUCGCACAGGCCUGAUAAUAUUGUUUGGUUUUAUGCAUGCUGGCAAUCACUUUAUGAUGAGCUGUUACAGAAAAUACCAAAUGUUCGGUUUAUAGAAGGAUUACCAAAUAGCUUUAAUGAUGAUGAGCUAUUCUCCCUGAUAAAAUCAAUCUGACUAUUGUUGAUGGUCUCAUGGAGUCUGCUAGUGAAAACUCUGAGCUUGAAAAAGCAUUUACCAAGUAUGUACACCACCGAAAUCUCAGCAUCAUGUACCUUGUACAAAAUAUAUUUUGUCAAGGAAAAAAGAGCCGAACCAUAAAUUUAAACACCAAGUAUAUGGUGCUUUUUAAGAAUCCACGUGAUAAACUCCAAAUUACUACUCUGGCUAGACAGAUGUACCCUGGCAAAUCAAAUUUCUUUUUAGAGGCGUUUGAGGAUGCUACAUGUAGGCCAUAUGGCUAUUUACUGGUAGAUUUACGUUCUGCAACCCCUGAUAAUUAUAGGUUAAGAACCGGUUUAUUUCCUCCAGAACUGCCCGUUGUAUAUAUCCCUAAAAAGCAAAACUCUAAAAAGAGGUGAUUUCAUACUUGUUGGGUCAUUAGCUAUUUUUUCCACAGGCGGUUAACAUGUCUACACGUUUGAAGCGUAAUUGGCAUACUUUAAAAAUGUUAAUGAAUGCUAAGCCGAAUCAGAGAAGGGUCAUUCUGUGUACAGCGUCGGAUGACUUGAUCGCAGCCAUAUGUGAAAUAGCGCUCAACACUCUUAAAGGUAAAAUACCACUUACAAAUCACCAAGUGGGGGUGCUUAAAAAGUGGCGAAAAGUUAUAAAAACUUUGAGCAACAAAACAUUUUCAUUUGUUAAGAAGAAACGUCUAGUGAAACAGUCCGGUGGUUUCAUCCCCUCUCUAUUGGGUUUUGCUAUACCUCUGCUAACUGGUCUACUGACUAACCGUUAAUGGAUUACACUGAAAAAAUGUACUUAGUUCCUAAACAGGAUAUAGAUCGCUUACAACAGACUGCCGAUAAGGUUGUUUAUAAGCACCAAUCUGUCUCACAGCAACUUGAUGGUGAGAUUUCUGAUAUUGUACAGUGAAAAGACUUAUCAGAUAGUGAAAAAAUAUAUCGUUAUACAACUGUAUUGCAAAAGUACCUGGUUCAUGCGAAGCAGGAUGAUCGUGAGAAGAUGAGCUGAACACUUUUAAUGCCACCUGGAGAUCCCACCAUAACUGUGACACAACCGAAUUCAGAUGGUGAUACAGUCACUACAGCAGCUGAUACUAUGCUUGAUGAGGUUAUAAACAAUGUAAAUCCGCGCUUUAAAAAAAAUGCUAAGUUAUUACUUGCCAAAAUGUCACAAUCAAAACAUAUUGUAGAUUGGAAUGACAAAGGGGAACUUGUUUAUAAAAAUGACACAGUAUUAGGUUCUAAUAUACUGGACUUGGUCCGUGGUGUUACGCAGAGUCAUUAUGUUGCUGAGCUUAAAAUGCCCCACGGCUGGGAUACAAUGCUUCGCGUGAUGGCUGAGCUUAAUAUACCUUCAUCAGUCAUUGGUAAUACUUCAAAUCGUGAAUAUUUCAAUAAUAUAAAAAUACAUAUUGAUUCUGGACCUUCAUCAUCAAACCCUAAACUUAUAAAACACUUACCAAUGCAGAGUACUACUUUAGGCACCCCUGGAUCAUUAACCCCCCAUAGAUACAUGUUACCUAAAAAACGCUCUAGCUCUCUGCUUCAAUCUAUUGACUGGUUGAAAUACUAAAUGUAUAUAUCUAUGUGUAUUUAUAGCUGUAUAUAUGUGUAGAAUUGAAAAAAAAAAAAAAAAAUUACCAACAAACCGUUUAUAUAAAUGCGUAUUAGUGAAUACAGUAUUUUGUACAUUUCUGUAUAUUUUUACAAUGUAUAUUUCACAUUAUGUGUGUUGGUUUGUCUUUAAUAAAAAUAUGUUAUGUUUCAUUA